CAAGGGAGAUAAUAAAAAUCUCUUAUCCAAGCAAGUGAUCUGCCACAUGUGACAACCUCAUUGGAACAAAAGAUCCCAAACCUAAUCUGCAAAUUUAGGCUGGCUCAACACCAACCACAACCACAACCUCACCAGGCCCACCACCCUCCACCCUCUCCCUUAUGUCUCCCACCUAUCAUUCACUAACGGUGGCACAACCAUCCUUCUUCUAACUGUUUCAAGAAAAUGGCAACACAAGCGUUGGCUUCCUCAUCAUCACUCACCUCCUCAGUGGAGUCUGCAAGGCAAAUCCUUGGAGCUAGGCCACUUCACACGUCUUCAAGAAAGGUCUCUUUUCUUGUCAAAGCUGCAUCGACCCCUCCUGUUAAGCAAGGAGCAAACAGACAACUUUGGUUUGCAUCCAAGCAAUCUCUUUCUUACCUGGAUGGAAGUCUCCCAGGUGACUAUGGAUUUGACCCACUUGGUCUUUCUGACCCAGAAGGUACUGGUGGAUUCAUUGAACCCAAGUGGCUAGCUUAUGGAGAGGUUAUCAACGGUCGGUUCGCCAUGUUGGGUGCAGCUGGAGCCAUUGCACCUGAGAUAUUUGGCAAGCUUGGGCUCAUCCCAGCCGAAACCGCCCUCCCGUGGUUCAAGACCGGUGUCAUCCCCCCAGCGGGCACAUACGACUACUGGGCAGACCCUUUCACCCUGUUUGUAUUUGAAAUGGCACUUAUGGGUUUUGCAGAACACAGAAGACUACAAGACUGGUACAACCCUGGUUCAAUGGGAAAACAAUACUUUUUGGGCUUGGAGAAAGGUUUUGCCGGGUCGGGUGACCCAGCAUACCCAGGUGGGCCGUUUUUCAACCCAUUAGGGUUUGGAAAAGAUGAGAAGUCAAUGAAGGAAUUGAAGCUUAAAGAGAUCAAGAAUGGUAGAUUGGCUAUGUUGGCCAUUUUGGGUUACUUCAUUCAGGGUUUGGUGACUGGUGUUGGACCUUUCGAGAACCUUCUGGAUCACUUGGCUGAUCCAGUCAACAACAAUGUCUUGACCAGCCUUAAGUUCCACUAGAGACUUUUAAAUGUAAUAUCAUGUGCAGUAUUUUCUAAAUGAUAUUAUUAAUUUGUAACGAAAUUAAUGUGAUAUGUUAAGGAGCCAAAACCUUGUUGUAAUAUGUAGUUCCUACAUAUGUGUUGUUUGUGCACGUGCAUGUACUUACUGAAAACGGACUAUGAUAUUAUAUAUGAAGGAUUAAUCU